CUGCCGCGGAACAUCAUCCAAUGAGAACAGCUCGCGAUUGGCCAGGGGUUAGCUAGCGUGGGAUCGCAAGCGCGCUUUGCGCCUCUUAUAGACCCGUCGAGUCGUUUCGCGUGCCAAUUGUGCGCGCGGCAUCGCGAUCGGAGAUCGCACGUACACACACACGCACACACACACACCAGCUGCACUUGUGACUCUUCUCUUGUCGAAUAUUUUUAUUUUUAUUCGCUACCAACGCUGUUGUUCGUACCUUUGUGAAGGAAAGUGAGAGUUGUUUUUAUGCGACGCAGCCAUGAAGCGGAUCGCGAUAUGCUGUCUAGUCCUCGUCUUCCUGGCCGUUCGGGCUUCGGGCUACCAGGUGUUCGAGGAGCCCGAAGAGGAUGACGAAACGGUCCGCGGGAAGCGCCAGCAGAGCGGCGCGUCGUUAAUCGACAGCAUUUUCAACGUGAAUUCCCAUUACUGCGAUCAAGCAGACUUCACAGGCGGCUCAGACUUUGUCACCGGGAAACGCUGGAGCUAUCGAGAGUGUGCUCAAGGUAGUGUAAAUAAUAGUUGGGCAUUAUGUAAGAUUCCCGUGUCGACCCUUGAAGCCGUGGGCAAUCUGAUCAAGAACCGCCAGCAGAAUCGAUACCAGACCACCCCGUUGUCGACGACCCGACCCAACCGUCGCUAUGACGUCGACCAGGUCAACGAAGUUGAGCGCCGUCGUCGCGACGAGUACAAGCGUCGAGUUGAGGCCCAGCGCGAGCAGCAACGUCGCUGGCAGGAGCAACUCAACCGUCGUCGUAUGGACCAGCUGAUACAGCACAACCGUCGCAUGCAGCAGCAGAUCGUAGCCGAGGACGAGCGCACCCACCACAGCUUCUACCGCGACCCCUUCGGCUUCAACGCCCUUACCAAGUGGGUGGUGGGACCGCACGGCGUGUUCAACGGUCACGCGGGACACGGGGACGGCCACGUCUAUCAGUACUACAAUCCACAGAAGCCGUUGCACUUUGGAGGACACCAUAACCAAGGCACCCACCGUCCAACUCCCACGAAGCCAACCAUACCCCAAGGCUCGACCGUCAGCACGACAACGUCCACAUCCAGCAGCACCAGCACUAGCUUCACCAGUACCAGCACCAACCCACCCAGGCCGACGCACAAUUACGAAGUGCACGAAAACGUCGACGAAGGCAACAAUCCUUUCUCCUGGCCCAACUGGUUCGGCAUCAUCAACGUCCUCACCAGCGCAACACAGCAGAGCUACCCGUCCGACGACAGGCUUCAGAACAAGAUCGCUCCCAAGAAGACGAAGGUCAGAUUUGACGAGCCGCCGCUGCAAAACAAAAUCGCCCCGAAAGACAACGAUUACUUCAAGGCUAAAUACUACGCCAAGGCCAGGAAGAACUCGAGCCCGGAGGAGGAGCUCACGGGAAACGAGAUCGACGGAAACGUUGGCUCGGGAGAGAGGCUUGGACUCAACGAGAGAGGAGCUAGGGUUCUGUUCCCCACUAAUUGAUGCGGAAUUCGAGAGAGACGAUUGCUUUGAUUCUUACACGCGGGCAGAAGACUUGAUGAUUUUUAGAGUGGUUGUAUUUGGAAUGAUUACUCUGGGCGUGCUAUCUUGAGAUUUUUUAAAUGUGAUAUAUGGUAGUAGGAUGAUAGAAUGGUGCAGUAAAAUGAAAGCUUGAUGAAUUUUGAUGAUGCGUGAAUAAAGUAGGAUUCGCGUGAUUUCAGUCUAUUCUUCACUCCGACUUACGAGUCUUGGAAAGUUUUAUCGAAAACUUAUAUCCGGAACGAGUUAUAUCGGCAAAAUGACACAAAACGAAUGUUCAAAAAUGACGCUAUUAUUGAUACCACAACUCACUUGGUUCGGUAAACGAGCAUUUGAUCAAACAGCGCAAUUUUCCGCGGCUCCGAUACGGAAUAAUUUCUUCAUCAAAAAUAACGACGGAUUGCAAAAGUGUUUACGAGACGUGAACGAUUCAGCUUAGCGAAGAGAGCUUCGAGAUAAUGGACGAAAUUUUUUUCAAAACAUACCUCGAAAAUUACCCCUUCGGCAUUGUUUCCCACUUAAGAUCAACUGUUUGAGCAGCUAUGUACUAAUUAGUCGUGUGAAACUUUGGACCUCUCUCAAGCGUUCCUCUCUUCGUAAUUUUCGCGUAAAACGCAAUAAUUAUAUUUAUUCUCUUCGAUCGACUGCAUAGUCGACGUGCAGCUCUUUUUUUCUACGAGAUUUCUCAAUAUUCGCCAUAGUUAAAAUUUUUCAAGCCUCGUUGAAUAUUCCACUAGGAGGAUGUGAGAAAAACGCGUGCAGGAAUGCUCGUGUUUAUGGAUGUUUUUAUUGCGUGCCUUAUAGUCUUAAUAACUAUGCGCACAGUUUCCGAAUAGAAAAAAGAAAUAACAAUCUUUCCCUCCACCUGCAAGAAAUUAUGGUAAUCCAUCGCGCUUUAUACAGUGAGAUGAGCGCGAAUCUAUCGCGCUUACACAUCCCUGACCCACUCAGUCGCUCUAACGAUACUUUGCGCGAUGACACCGAGUAGUUAUAUCAACAACAGUAUAGUCGAGUAAAAAAAUCGUCAAGUCUUUGUUUCGUAAUCGUAUCGAAAAUAAAUCCAUAUCUAACUGAAGAUGAUAGUGCCAACUGCCAUCCGAACUGCCUCCCACGAUUGCAUUUGUCGCGAAAACGACGCUGUAAGAACUGCACUGAUGUAGAAGGAGUCGCGACCUCCGCCACCGCUGCCGCGUAAAAAAGUCGACUGCUCAUCUCGCAGUCGUGACUUUCUUUUUCCGUCACACAGCGACCGAUUAUUCAUGCCUCUUUAGCCGUAACUCUCGCGCGAGCUGAUAAAAAAAGCGUUCGAAAAUUUCCCAAGCACGCGCGCACGCGAUUGAUAUGCGCGAGUUAUAUACACGUGCGCGCGCUCACACUCACACAUACAAGUACUCCUUUCUCUCUUAUACUCUCCUGGGCUAUAGCUCUUUGAAAAAGAGGCAGCCAGACAGACAACUCAUGUACAUUUCACACCUUGUAUUAUAUUGCACAGACACGUACAUACGAACGAUGUAGCUUUAAGCGUAUAUUAUUAUUAUUAAUAUUGUAUUAUUUUGCGAUCAUGUAAAAGAUAGCGAUACGUAGAAGAAUAAGUCGUAUUUUUUUAUGAAUAUGUAUGUAUAGAUAUAAACGCGUAUGAACCUUGCGAAAUGUGUAAAUUCCUCGCGUAAAAUGUGCGUAAAACUGAUCCCGAAGAUAAAAAAGGAUUGAAAAUGCUGUGCUGUUGAAAAGAUUAAGUCUCGAUGAAAGAUUUUCCGAUUUAAUUGAAUGAACAUUUUUUGAUCUUUUACACUGUCCUAUUAACGUAAUACAAUUUUUUGAACGAAAGAUAAUGUCUAUUUAUCUCGAAAUUGCAAAAUAAAACCGAGUGAUAAUGUGAAUUUAUUUUGAAGCAUGAUUCCUUGGAAGUCUCGUUUUGAUAACGAUCAAUAUUUUCUUGUCCCAGAUGUACUCGCGGUUCAAACAUUCUUUUGUCAUUUAUCUUUUUCACGACUCUAAAUGUAAUUAUGUAAAUACGUGUACUUGGUUUAUCCUUCAACAUACUGAAUCAAUGAAAAAUGUCAAAAAAUUAAUCCAGAUAAGAUAAUAAUAAAAAACCAUUUAUAAAAAA